AUGGCUGGCUGGCUCAAAGAGGAAGGGUUCGAGAGCGUCCAAGAGGUACCCAUCCACGUUCCCAUGGGGCCCAGCAGCAAGGACGCCGAGUGGGGCGAUCGCAGCGCGCAGGUCUUGGUGGCUGCAGCCACGGGUAUAGCUGGCGCAUACAAGAUGAUGAAUGUUGAUGUUGCCGACUCGGUCUUAGACAAGCUCCCGGAGCGAGCAACAGACGAGUUCACAAAAGAGGGCGGCACCUACCGCAUCAACAUUGCAAUCGGCCGUAAGCCGCCUGCUUAA